AUGGAUUCUACACAACACCCUUCUAAUCCUCAAAGCAAUGUUUCUAAAUUCACUGGUUACGAUCCUGAUAAAUAUGCUAUUGACGAUGUAUCACUAACAGUGAAGACCAAUGAAAGUUUGACACCAGGAAGGCCUCCGGUGUUGACGCAACAAACAGUUGGAAAAUUCCUUCAACCAUUGACGAGGGCUUUAGUAGAAGUACCACCGAGGCCAACAAUAGACGAAUUACCAGAUGCUGUAAUAGAUAAAAUGGUCAAGAAGGACAAAGCUUUCUGGGUUGAUAAGCCUGGCUCGAACGCCUACACCUUACACGACGCGUAUUAUAACUAUGGCAUGACUACUGAAAAAGUCUUACCGCCGCACCAAGACGUGUUUCCCAGGUCAUAUCAGUAUGACUUGGACUGUGUUCAAGAUCGGCGUCUACAUGCAUGUGAUGAUUUCAAGCAGACUGGAAAACUUCUGAAUGAUGCACUAUGUCGUGAUUGCACGAAGGUGAACAUAUCGGAUGUCAUAUAUCCAGUAUCACCUCUGGAACAAACAUCGACUCAAAAACGAUGGCGAUACUAUCCAGAUGUAUCUGCUACUCUAUCUCCUCAAGAAAUAAGUGUUAUGAUGCAUGAGUAA